AUGACAUCUUCUUCAGUUUAUUGUUUUGUAUCAUCAGGAAGAAUCCAUUGUGUCCCAGUGAAUUCAGUUAUUGAAUAUUCCAACCUGGUGGCGCCUCCUCCAACGAUUGUUAUUGAUGGAGAUAUCAAUGGUGAUGGAAAAGAGAUCAGAACUGAUAUUGAUGAAUCUCGUUUAAAAAUAAGAAAUAAAAAUUUGUUAUAUACUUUGAACAAUCCGUCGCUAUCAGAUAUAGAGUCAGAUGUUGGUGAUGACUCUUUCAAUAGUGAAAGCAAUGGUGAUUCAAAUGAUUAUUUAACCAACGUUAUUGAUAAUUAUGCUGCCCAUUCCCUUUACUUACCUGAGUUUGCCAUCAAUUUAGAUGAAGAUUUGAACGAUGGUUAUGGUCAAAUCAAACAAUUAUUGAAGAAAGUAUUCAAAACCUGGCAAGAUUUAUCCAAUAUUGAGGUUAAACGAUUAACUGGAGGAAUUACCAAUAUGUUAUUAAAAUGUACUUAUAAUUCAAAAGAAAUCGUUUUAAUGAGAGUUUAUGGUCAAGGUACAAAUUUGAUCAUUGAUAGACAUCGAGAAUUCAUUCUGCAUUUGGUAUUGAAUUCAAUGCAUUUAGCACCUCCAGUUCAUGCUCGAUUUAAAAAUGGUUUAGUUUAUGGUUUCUUACAAGGGAGAUCUCUUGAACCUAAUGAAUUGAAAUCUCCUAACUUAUACCCCUUAAUAGCACAACAAUUAGGAAACUGGCAUUCAAAAAUUAAUAUAAACGAAAUUCAUAAAGGUGUUAAUCAAUUGCGUGAAUACACUCGAUCUCACAAGAGAAGACAGUCGUUUCAACAAAUAAAGAGAGAAUCUUCCGACUUGAAAAAGGAGAAGAAAUCGAAAAAGAAGUAUAUUUCAAGUGUUUGGGAAUUAAUUGAAGAUUGGAUAGAUGUUGUUCCCGUGAUAAACGAAUUAAUAGAAUCUUUCCAGAACAACACCAAAGUAGAAUUGAAUGAUGAAAACAUCAGAGAUUUCAUCAAAAAGGAAUUCAAAUGGUUAAAAGAUACCUUGGAAUCUCAUAUAGAUUCUCCUAUUGUAAGUUCUCACGGAGAUUUAUUAUCAGGUAAUAUAAUUAUCCCUUCUGAAGAUUGGUUAAAUCAACCAUUCCAGAAUUUACCUCCAAUAAAUGAAAAUCCUAUCAAAUUCAUUGAUUAUGAAUACAUGUUACCAGCACCUCGAGCUUUUGAUAUUGCUAAUCAUUUAGCUGAAUGGCAAGGAUUUGAUUGUGAUCGUUCAGCUAUUCCUCAACCUACUAGUAAGAAUGAAACCAUGGUCAAUUGGGUCAAAGCUUAUCUCAAUAAUUCAAAUGCGGGUCAUGAUGAAGUUAAAGGAUUAAUUAACGAAAUUGCUUCAUAUUAUGGAUUACCAGGAUUUUAUUGGGGGAUUUGGAGUGUCAUUCAAAGUGAAAUAUCAAACAUUGAUUUCAACUAUUCAACUUAUGCCACUUUAAGAUUACAAGAGUAUUGGGACUGGAAAAAUUCUUUCGUAGAAAGGUUUCCCCAAUAUAGUAAUUCCUAA